ACAGGGAUUAUUUCCCUCUAUGACUGUGUUUUUAAGAGGAGCCUAGACUAUAACCAGAAAGUACAUCGGGAUGACAGAGAACAUGCAAAAGGCCUGGGACUUCAUGUUAAUGAGGAGGAACGUGAAAGGUCUGUGGGAGUGCUGUCAUCCUCUGUCUAUGGGAAGCGCAUCCAUCAGCCCAUUGAGCCCCUGAACCGAGACUAUGGCCGUGUGAACCAUGUGCAAGCUGAUUUCUACAGGAAGAAUGACAUCCCCAGCCUCAAGGAUCCUGGCUUCGGGCACAUUGCUCCAGCCUGAGGCUAUCCUUGUGACCUGCAGGGAUUAGAGAGGGGCCACACGUGACCCCUACUUGCCUGUUCAUGACAUCUGUAACUGCAGUGAUGCAUCUUUUGGGAAGGAUGUGCAGCUGAGCAGCUUUUCCUGAGGUGGCCUUGGCUGAGAACCUGGCCUUGUGCCUUUAACACGUUAAGAAUGCUACUGUAAGGUUUUCCCCUGUACUUAUUUCAGAUUAAAUGACAGUGGAGCCUGACUCCUUUUGAGCAUCUGAAUAAAAGGAAAAUUGGCUCCCC